CCGGCCCGCCGUGCCGCAGGAUGAACGGCGCAGCCCUGCAGACACACGAACCAGGCGACUCAGCGGCAGGCAUGGAGCUGGUGCAGCGGGCGCUGAGCCUCUACCGCCGGCGCCACUUCACCGAGUGCGCCGAGCUGUGCCAGCAGGAGCCCUCGAGCAAGCAACUCCAGUGGCUCGGCAUGCUCGCCCUGACGCAGCACGCGUGGCUCGACGAACUCGAGCUCGAAGGGCUGCAGUCGCUCGCCGAGGAGUUGCUCGACAAUCAGGCGACUGCGCAGACGGGCCGUCCGGGCACGUCCCUGAGGGCGCCACCUCCGCCGACUAGCGGCGGCCGGCCGAUGACGCGCGAGGGCCGUCCACUGACCGGACUGAGACGACGGCCCCGGUCUCGCACAGCCACGCAGCAGGGAGUCGAGAGGGCGCUGUACACGGCUGGAGGAAGAACGGCCAGGCCGACGACUGCGGCGCCAGCGGCCGUGCCAGAGUUUGGUCGACUGGGAGCGGCGGCCUCGGGUUGGCCCGACAAGCCGUGGCUCUCCAAACCACUCUUCCGAUUCCUCUACCACCAGCGGGGUGAUGUCAGACAGGCACUGGAGCUGGCCAGCCAGGAGCGGUCAACCGACUGCUGCGGCUGGUGGUCACUACAGCGCGGUCGCUGUCUCCUCAGACUGGGCAUGCUGCGCGAGGCCGAACACCAGUUCAGGAAGGCGGCGGAAGCCGGAGACCCGCAGCCAAGGACGUUCCUCUGGCUGGCCAAGGUUCAGCUGCAGAUGGAUCAGCCACUCGCAGCUGUGGAAGCAUACAGGCGUGGUUUGGAAAGGUUUCCGAACGAAGCCUCUCUGCUUGCACCCAUGGCACGUGUUUACGAGGCCCUCCACGAUCUGCAGCGCUCGGCCAAGCUUUACCGGGAGCUGCUGUCACAGGACGCAGUGAACGUGGAGGCUAUCGCCUGCGUUGCGACGCACCACUUCUACGCAGACCAGCCAGAGAUGGCUCUCAGAUUCUACAGGCGCCUUCUACAGCUGGGCAUGCCGACGGCCGAGCUGUACAACAACCUGGCGCUGUGCUGCUUCUACGCGCAGCAGUACGAUAUGGCGCUCGCCUGCUUCGACCGGGCGCUGGCCCUGGCUGAAGAUCAGCAUCUCGCCGACGUCUGGUACAACCUGGGACUCGUCGCACUGAGCUCCGGAGACAAGACGCUGGCGACUCGCGCCUUCCGGCUGGCACUGGUCUACGACAACUGCCACGCGGAAUCGUACAACAACCUCGGGGUCCUCGAGCUCACCAGCGGCAACGUCGACCAGGCUGCCGCUUAUUUCGCUACGGCUGGCGAAAUCGCUCCGGAACUGUGCGAGGCUCAUUAUAAUCACGCGCUGGUGCUUGAACGGACUGGAGACCUCCAAGGAUGUGCUCGCGCCGCAAGCAAAUGCAGCCAACAUGCAGCCAGUGCAGAUCUACUGCAGAAAGUGCAAGCCUUCUUCCAGAGUCACUGAGACAACCCACGAGCCGCCACUGCAUCUUUAUUGGGCAAAUAAAUUACCUUGUUUAAGUGUGGCAAGCGCAAUAAAGAAAAAAUACAGUGUCCCACCCAAC